CCCUGGAGUACCUCAAGAACUGGACACCGAGCUUGUAAUGGCUACCGGGCUACCUACCCUCUUCGGCCACAUCUUCCUGCUCGAGAUCCGCGUCCCAAGCGGCUUCGCUGUCGAAGACGACUUCUCCGCUGCCGAGCAGUCUAUUUUCUAUGGUGGUGUCGAGAUUCAUGAUAGACACAGGGAUAUGCAUCUCGACAUAGAAAACAGGUCUUAUGAGGAGAAACCUCCCUACGUCACUAAGGUUGAGAAGCUUUGUUCAAGUUCCACCGAGUGGAUGGAUGUAAUAGCCUACGGUGGAAGCUUUCUUGGACUGGUGUUGGUAAGUAGCCACCUUUUGCGAUGUGAUGCUGGACGGAACGGUGCACAUGGGGAGAAGUCUGGCAUGUUGCCAUGGCGCUGGUGGACAGAAGAGGUCCUGAUGAUGUAGCAAAGAUAAAGGAGACCUGGAGGUUUGGAGCUGAGUUCUAGCCGGCCGGAAGGACAUCCUUUGUCUUCUGCCGAUGAUGGAUGUUGCCUGCUGUAGGAUUGUGGUCAUGCGGUGGGUUUACAUUUCGUUCUACAUUUGGCUUGUACAUGUGAUAUGAACUGUGUGUUAAUUAUGUCUCUUUUCAAAACAA